UAAAAAUAAUAGAAGUUGCCAUAUUUAGACGUUAACAGAAAGAAGUAGAGGAGGCUCCAAUCCACCAACCGACACUACAGUUAAGGAGACAACUUCUUUCUGUUUUUCCUUUUCUUUCUCUGUUCACCUUUUUCUCUUUCAGAUCACUCAAAGUACACACUUUUUCUCAUCUUUGAUCUCUUAAUUUUAGGGUUGUGCAUAUGGAUCACGAGACUGGUGAAUCAUUGGACUCUAUGCAUUCAGAUAAUAAGAAUUGCGAGCAUGGCGAUUUUGAAUGCAAUAUCUGCUUUGAAAUAGCACAAGAUCCUAUUGUGACCCUUUGCGGCCACCUUUAUUGUUGGCCUUGUCUUUGUGAAUGGUUGCAAGUUCAUUCACAUUCCCACGAAUGCCCAGUUUGUAAGGCUCUAAUAGAAGAGCAGAAGUUAGUUCCCAUAUAUGGUCGAGGCAAGUCAAGCUCUGACCCGAGGGCUCGUAUACGUCCAAGGGUGAACAUUCCUAACCGUCCAGUCUUUGGGCCAAGACCACAAACAGCUCCAGCCCUAGAUAUGAACUAUUUCCAGCCCAAUGAGUUGGAUCCAAUGGGCGGAUUCAUGCCUAUGGCCAGUGCAAGGUUCGGGAACUUGACAUUAUCUGCUCUAUUCGGAGCUAUUCCAGCUUUUUUUAACCUUCAUGUGCAAGGAUUUCAUGAUGCUACUGUAUACGGUGCGACUACAGGAGUUCCAUACCUCUUUUCAAGUUCAGUUCAUGGGGGUUAUGCUCAUGGCUUUCAUCAUUCAACAAAUGUAGAUGGGACAAAGUUCUUCAUCAAGAUGUUUCUCUUGAUUGCUGGUUUCCUCUUAGUUGUUUCCUUAAUUUUGUAGAAUUCCAUCCCAUAAGUGUUAGAGAUCAAAUUAAGAUGUAGAAUUGUUAAUCAUGUGUGUAUAUCUUGAGAGUAGUAGACUUAUAUUUAUGUCUAGCAAAGCAGUGUGCACAGUUAUCCUUCAUUGUAUUCAGAGUUAGGCUUAGGUAUUUCCUUAUUGCGCCCUAGUUAGCUCCAUAUUUUUGUUCAAUAAAAUGUGGUGGAGUUUCACUGUCAAA